AAGUGAGGGAGCGCGAGCUCUACCUACCGACAGUGAAGAGAGCCGCCGCCGCCGCCGCGCCCGCUGCCGCCGCCGCCGCCCGCCCAGCCCGGGAGCUGCGUGAGCCGGCCGGCCGGCACCCGGCGCCCCCCACCCGCCCAGCCCGGCCCAGCCCCGGGGAGCCAGCCGGCCGGGGGUUCGCUCCCGGGGGGAGGGGAGUUUCGGGGAUACCGGGCGGGGGAGUCGCGAGCCAGAGGGGAGGGGGCGGCGGGUUUUCAUGUGCCCAGCAUGAGCUCCUACUUCGUCAACCCCCUGUUCUCCAAAUACAAAGGCGGCGAGUCCCUGGAACCGGCCUAUUACGACUGCCGGUUCCCCCAGAGCGUGGGCAGGAGCCAUGCGCUGGUGUACGGGCCCGGCGGCUCGGCGCCGGGCUUCCAGCACGCCUCGCACCACGUCCAAGACUUCUUCCACCACGGCACCUCGGGCAUCUCCAACUCGGGCUACCAGCAGAACCCGUGCUCGCUGAGCUGCCACGGAGACGCCUCCAAAUUCUAUGGCUACGAGGCGCUCCCCAGACAGUCCCUUUAUGGGGCUCAGCAAGAGGCGAGCGUGGUGCAAUAUCCCGACUGUAAAUCCUCCGCCAACACUAACAGUAGCGAAGGACAAGGCCACUUAAAUCAAAACUCGUCUCCCAGCCUCAUGUUUCCAUGGAUGAGACCCCACGCUCCGGGGCGGCGCAGCGGAAGGCAAACUUACAGCCGGUAUCAGACCUUGGAACUAGAAAAGGAGUUUCUCUUUAAUCCUUAUUUGACACGAAAGCGCCGGAUUGAAGUCUCUCACGCCCUGGGACUGACUGAGAGACAAGUGAAGAUCUGGUUCCAGAACCGAAGGAUGAAGUGGAAAAAGGAGAACAACAAGGAUAAACUGCCCGGAGCCCGAGAUGAGGAGAAGGUGGAGGAAGAAGGAAAUGAGGAAGAGGAGAAAGAAGAGGAGGAAAAGGAAGAAAACAAGGACUAAGCAAAAAAGAGAGAUUCCCCCCACCCCUUUAGCAACUCCCUUGAAGUUUCAUUUUAUGGUAGCGGAUAAAUUGAGAAGUUUACGACUGUCAUUUGCUUUUAUAGAGAAUAGAAUGACACUCACAACUCUAACUACCUGUCAGAUACUUGCAGCUCUGGUUUUAUUACCUUUGGACUUCCCCCGAUCUUUAUUUGUUCGGGGACUGAAAGGGGGAGACCGAGACACAGUGAAAAGUUCGGAGUCUCUGUCUCAGUCGUUGCCCCGACACACACACUUGUCCCUACCCCCACCCUUUGGAGUCCUGCCUGGAUUUUAAGGUCUGAGACCUGGCCUCUUUGCCCCCUCUCUCGGCCCCUUCUUGCCACACUGCCACCUCCCUGCUUCUCUGGUAUUUAUUUUAGAGGGGAGCCCCCUUAAGAUGUGGAAGAAGACUCGUGGCUUUGUUUUUAUGCUACAAUUAGUGUAUUAGAUUUACACCUUUUCAAAGGAAAGUAAAGAAAAAGUGAAGGAAGGAAAGGAGAGGGAAAAUGUUUAAAGAAAUUUAGAAAUUAUGAUAGCAAGGAAUAUCCCCUCUCCCUCCCUGGGGCUCCCCAUUAGAAAAGACCCUUUGACUUUCUCUAGGAACCUGAUGGAAACCUGAAGGAGAUGCGGGUCUCUGCCAUCUGCCCCCCUCCCCCUUUUCCAGAGGGUAGAUAGGAGCCUGCAGUCACCGCUAAAAUCCUACCUAGUCAUCCCAUGGUCACUUGGGCCCAUGCCUUCCUCCCCUUCGCUGUCUGAUUUCUGUUGUUGGGCCCAGCUUCCUCUGAGCUGCAUUAGUGUUAGUGCUCAGAAAUCACCAUAAUCAUGAAAAUAAUAAUAAUGAUAAUAAUACUGAUAAUAAAUCUUUAACAUACUACCUAAAGGGAACCUGCAAUAACCUUGAAAAACAUAAAAAAGAAAUUUUUAAAAAUCCUAAUAUGGGAGAAAAAAAGAGAAAAA